CAAAGCUACAUUCAAGACCGCGCCUAGGCAGAGCGCUUGUAUGAUAAAGCCAUCUACCUCAUUUACAAAACUAAGAUUUUAUACCGUAGAUCACAGGCUGAAGAUGAAAUCUGCUCGGUAGUCUUAAAACACUUAAAUAACGGUUUAACGUGUCGGAAAUGCUCCGUUGCGUCCCCCUCUGUGCGGUGGGGUGUUCACGAGCGCCCAGCCCAGAAGAUGUUUCAUUGGGCAACAGCGCUGCGCGAGCUGCUGGUGCCUACUUCCUGAAUUCACAGCAACAGAUGAAAACGGCUGUUUGGUAGGAGCGAACGAGCCUCGCAGCGUUUCAUUUUGUCCCGAUAACCACAAGAUAAGCUUUGGGUUUUAACUCCAACAUCGUCGGCUUGCGUUGAGGAGUGUCGCCGCUCGGCCGCGAUGGUGGAGACUCCAGCUGGCUGUCUGUUUGAAGACAUCCAGUAUGAAGACAUCCAAGUUGAAGCGGCUGUUGGCAGAGGAACAUUUGGAGUUGUCUUCAAGGCCAUAUGGAAAGGAAAGGAUGUAGCAAUCAAGACCAUUGAGAGUGAGAAUGAAAGGAACGCUUUCCUUGUUGAGCUCCGCCAGCUCUCCCGGGUGAAUCACCCCAACAUUGUUAAGCUGUAUGGCUCCUGUGACAAUCCAGUCUGUCUGGUCAUGGAGUAUGCAGAAUGUGGCUCUUUAUAUAACCUCCUGCAUAGCACAGACCCGCAGCCCCACUACACAGCAUCCCAUGCCAUGAGCUGGUGUCUGCAGUGUGCCCAGGGAGUUGCCUAUCUGCAUGCUAUGAAGCCAAAGGCCUUAAUUCACCGGGACCUCAAACCACCAAAUCUGCUCCUCGUGGCUCGUGGCACUGUGCUGAAGAUAUGUGACUUUGGAACAGCUUGUGAUAUUCAGACCUACAUGACCAACAAUAAAGGGAGUGCAGCCUGGAUGGCACCAGAGGUGUUUGAAGGCAGUAACUACAGUGAAAAGUGUGACGUGUUCAGUUGGGGCAUUAUCCUGUGGGAGGUCAUCACACGCAAGAAACCCUUUGAUGAGAUUGGUGGCUCUGCGUUUUGUAUAAUGUGGGCUGUCCACAGAGGUACACGGCCUCCUCUGAUCAAAGACCUUCCAGGGCCCAUAGAGACUCUGAUGACCCGCUGCUGGGACAAAGAACCCAGCCACAGACCGUCCAUGGAGGAAGUCAAGAACACCAUGAGCCAUCUCAUGAAGUACUUCCCAGGCUCUGAUGAACCCCUCAAGCUCCCUCACCAGUCUUCACCCAACAGAAGCGGCUCUUCAUCAGCCACAAGCACAGGCAGAGAAAGUGUUUUCAUGAAUCAGUCUUGGCUGUCUGCAGGCUCGUAUGCUGACUAUACCAUCAACAGCAACAGGAGUGACGACAACACAGAACACAGAAACUCAGUUGGCAGAGAAGAAACCCUGAAAAGCUUUGAGGCCAAAUUUCCACUACAGUUCAAACCCUCAAAGACAGCCACAUUGCGAACUGGUCUGUCCAGGGUGUCCAGUGUCGACAGUCAACCAGGAUGCUCCCAAAGCCCCACCCACUGCACCAGCCCUCUGACCACCACCGGCCAAUCAGAGCUGAGGAUGACAUUUAGUCCCACAGCUACCAAUGGUUUCGACAACUCCAUUCCCAUGGCCUACCUGAAACUGGAUCACCAGUUACAGCCUCUCGCUCCGUGUCCAAACUCCAAAGAGUCCAUGGCCGUGUUUGAGCAGCACAUCAGGAUGGCUCAGGAGUACCUCAAAGUCCAGUCAGAGAUAGCUCACCUUGUUCGGAGGAAACAGGAGCUGAUGUCCGAGCUGGAGCAGGACCAGAGGGAGCAGCAGACUUCAUCUCGACUCAUGCAGGAGCACAGCAAGCUGCUGGAGGACAACAGCAGCCUGUCGGCCCACUGCCAGGGCCUGAAGAGCAAACUGAGCCUGCUCAAGAGUCAGAACCAGCACCACAGCUAGGACAGGAGGCUCCUCGGUUGUUUCUACUCCGUUCUCUUCUGGACUGCCUCUUUCUCUGAAGGAUGAGAGGAAUCACUCCAUGAACUGACCACAAAGUAGGGAAGCCCAUUAUCCGGAGAAAAUAAGAUAUUUAACUCGCCACGAAACAAUGUGUCAAGAUAACAGUAAAAUGAAAUCAUUAUUUUAAUUAUCAUUAAAUCAUUAUAGGCUUUAAAGUCCAACUGAAAUUUAAGUUCUCACUUUUUGUGUAAUGAAAUAUAAACUAUAAUGGGCAGCUAUCAAAACCGUUUCUGGACAUAUUUGUGGAAGAAACGUCUAAGCCUUGAGCCUCUGAGCUGUUAAAGGAAAGAAAAGUCUUAUUCUCAUAAUUGUGGCCAUUCUGACUGUGUGUGAGGUUUGCACUCACACUCCGUUGUAGAGAUUUGGAAAUCCCAACUUGCAAGCCUCCUAAAGAUUUCCAAAUAAGCUUCAAUUUUACAUAAAUCAUUUCAAAGGCUUGUCUCUGAGUUUGACCUAAAAAAGCACAAAGUAAUUCCCUGGAUUAGCUACUGUAGCUAACUGCAUAUGGAUCUACUUCAACUUUCCAGCUAACCACACUAGCUUGCUCAGCUUGCCCUGAUUGACAAUGCAUUGUUCUGCUGGAGUUGCGUUUCCAGAAGAUGAUGAAUACAAAAUUAGCAUGACCCAUAGUCAGAAAGGCUACAAGUAUGAGAAUAAGAGCCAGGAUGAAAAAUAGCGGAAUUUGGUACUCCGCUCCGAAAGUGGAAGCUAGUUAGCCUUGCUCGCCAACGUUACCACUGAUUACGUCUAGCUAGUGUCUCUUUCAUGGGUCUAGAUGUGGUGAUGAUCGUUGGACCUCAAUACUCAGAAGAUUACUCUGUGAUUUGAAUGACGGAGUGACGUACAGAGUGUUGAGGUCACAGAUGGGGUUACCUUGUAACAACGUUAGCCCACAACCUGGUUGCAGUGUGCUCCAAAUUUCCAAUUGAGGCUGUUAGAAUUCAAGUGAUAGAACAAACUAUUUCUAGUGCCCGCACCAGUUACUACAUUACACUACAGGAACAUAAGUAAAAUAUAAAUUCUUAUUUUUGGGAAUUGCAAUUUUGCCCAUAUAUGUACAAAACAAACACUUGACUUAAAAUAAAUAUGAGCACCAUUUGUUAUCUUGAGGUAAUGAGAGAAUUCAGUUGGGAGAUAAUGAGCCUAAAAAAUAGUAGCUACCACAUCCUCUCUGGGCCUCUGUACAUUUGAUGAAUUCAAUCUUUCACAAUGGUAUUGAAAUGGUGGGACCAAAGAGAUUCUCACGGACUCUUACUCUGAAAUGGACUUUCAUUCAGUGGCUUCCCGUGUCAUUUCCUUGUGGGGUUAGAAGCUGACUUGCCUUUUAGCCAGUGAGUUCUAUUUUAUUGUAUUUUCUUUUUUGAAUUGUUGAAAAGGAACUACACUUGUGAUUUGUAAAUUCUUACUUUUAUAUAUUCAGUUUAUCGCACCCAUUUUAUUGUGUUUUAUGAAAAGAGGAGUGGCACUGACAGUUUGGGCAGUAUCAUUUUAAACCAAUUUUACUGUGAAUAUAAGACUUACCAAAGGAAUUCUGCCUCAGAGACAUGCUGCCUGGGAGCAAAAGAAAAGCUUUGUUGAAAGGCUGUUUGAAAUGGAAAUAACUGUAGAAUAAUGAGCAUGGCAGAAUAUUUUUUAUCUGUUUAAUUUCUAUUUUCUUUAUUUACUUUUUACACACGUUAUAUUUCACAGAAUUAUAUUAACAUUAUUCUGCACUGCACUUAUUUGGGUCAAAGAAAUCUUCCGCAUGUGUUGUAGUCUCACUUUAGUUUGGUGAUUUCUGUGUGACAGUGGCUUACAUUGGGAUGGAUUGUUGUUUAAAUGCAUUUGUUCAGACGUUGCCUUAGGAUUGUUUUUGUACAGUUCAUUUUUUCAUCUCAGUUUAUUGUAUGAAUACUUUUGAUUGAAGCCUAAGAACUCCUAAAACAUUUCUCCUGUGAUUUUAAAAUGUACAGACUUGCAAUAUGCUUUUAGAAAGUAAAAAAAAAGUUUGUAGUA